AUGCUGACCGAAUUCGACGAAACAUGUGGAUACAUAGGUCUUCAGCCGAAUCUGCAAAAGACGAUGUUCAUGCGCAACGGAUGGGUCUCGGAUGCCCCAUUCACGCUCAACGGAACGAACAUAUCCGAAUGCACCAGCUACGUUUAUCUGGGUCGGGAACUGAACAUGAUGAACGACCUGACCCCCGAGCUGGGCAGGAGGAGACGAGCGGCUUGGGGAGCGUACAAGAGCAUCGAGGAUGUAGUGAAGAAGACCAGGAACACCCGGCUCCGUGCUCACCUCUUCAACACCACCGUACUUCCUGCUUUCACCUAUGCUUCGGAAACCUGGGCAUUUCGCAAGCAGGAAGAAAACGCGGUGAGCGUCAUUGAACGCGCAAUUGCGAGAGUGAUGCUAGGAGUAUCCCGUUUCACGCAAGUGAGGGACGGGAUUCGAAGUUCUCUCCUACGUCAGCGAUCGAAGAUUAGAGACGCCGCCGCGUUUGCCAAGGAAAGUAAAAUAAGGUGGGCCGGACACGUGAUGCGCUUUGAUGACAACCGUUGGACCAGAGCCGUGACGACUGGGUUCCCCGCGAUAUUAAGCGCACUAAAGGAAGACCGCCGACCCGAUGGUCAGAUUUCUUCACGAAGUCCUUGA